CCUCUGCGAGGCUUAAGAUCGCCUAGGUGGUAGGCGCAUCGUGACUGGGCGCAAUGUCCGCUAAAGCCGUGGGCAAGUGGCCUUGCGUGAUGGCAGCGUCUGAGGAGAAGGCUGAGGCCCCGACCCAGCAGCUGGAUGUCGCGCGCGGCCUGGAGAACUUGCCUGUGAGCGCGUGGCCCCCGGGGGAGGGGCCAGAGCCCUUCCAGUAUACUCCUGAUCAUGUAGCUGGACCCGGAACAGACAUUGAUCCCACUCAAAUAACCUUUCCUGGAUGCAGUUGUCUCGAAACUCCCUGCCUCCCUGGUUCUUGCUCCUGUCUCCGUCACGAGGAGAACUAUGAUGGUAAUUCAUGCUUCAGACACAUAGGGUCCGAAGCCAAGUGUGCCGAGCCAGUGUUUGAAUGCAGUGUCCUGUGCCAGUGCAGUGACCAGUGCAGGAACAGAGUAGUCCAGCAGGGUCUGCAGUUCCACCUCCAGGUGUUCAAGACGGAUAAAAAAGGCUGGGGACUUCGUACCUUGGAAUUUAUACCGAAAGGACGGUUUGUCUGUGAAUAUGCUGGCGAGGUUUUAGGAUUCUCUGAAGUACAGAGAAGAAUUCAAUUACAAACUGUACACGAUUCAAAUUACAUUAUAGCCGUCAGGGAACAUGUUUAUAAUGGGCAGGUAAUAGAAACAUUUGUUGAUCCUGCCCAUAUAGGAAAUAUUGGAAGAUUCCUUAAUCAUUCUUGUGAGCCAAACCUGUUGAUGAUUCCUGUCCGAAUUGACUCAAUGGUACCAAAGUUGGCACUGUUUGCAGCCAAAGACAUUUUGCCAGAAGAAGAACUCUCAUAUGAUUAUUCAGGAAGAUUUCUUAAUCUAAUGGACAGUGAAGACAAAGAAAGGCUAGAUAAUGGGAAACUAAGAAAACCUUGUUAUUGUGGUGCCAAAUCAUGUGCUGCUUUCCUGCCUUAUGACAGUUCACUGUACCGUCGCUCAGAAAAACCAGACAUCAGUUAGGAAAGGAAAAGUAUAGGAGAAACACGUCCGGCCUCUCUCAGUGGCUGAGAAUGAGAGGGAACUGAGCAUGUUUGGCUCAGCCCUUCUGGGUUCCCCUCUUACAAGCAGCUUAUCCCCGAGGUACAUCUCUGGUAAGCAGCUUGCCCUGCACUAUAGGGGAGGCCGGUGGUUGUCUAGCUCUGCCUCUGCCGGGCUGCAUAAGUUUAACUCAGGAAUGUGGCAAAGACUACAAGUUGUCCAGUAAUACGUUUUCUCCCAUUCGAUAUUAGAAUUCCCAGUUUUUAACUGGGUACAUGACUACCCAGCUAAAAACUGGGCACUUUUCCUGGUUAGAUGUGGCUAAGUGACUAUGUUCUAGCUAAUGGGAUAUAAGCACAAAUGGUGUGUCCUUAAAUUGAGACAUUCCUCCCUUAUCCUCCUCUUUCUUCCUAUUGGCUAGAAUGUAUACGUGAUGGCUGGAGCUGGAGCAUCCAUCCUAGACCCCGAGAUGACUUUGGAAAAAGAAACCACACAUAGCAAAUCAACAAAAUUGAAAGGCAUCUGAGAACUGUAUACUGUGGAACCCUCUACCAGUCCUGAUCUGAUACCUCUAGACUUUUAGGUGAAAAAUAGUCUCUCCCUCAUUUAUGCCUCUGUUAUUUUGAGUUUUCUAGCACUAGCAUUGAACCUAAUCAUAAUGAUCCAAGGAAACCCUUGUGGCUGCACACCUAAGCCCUGCUUUCCAAUCAGUUUUAUCAGUAAUAAAGCUGAUAUUUUGAUUUCUAUCUGUCUGACUCCUGUAUCUUAUUUCUCAUUUGUUUCUAAACACAAAUCAAGGAAAAGAGCAUGAUUAUCACCUGCUAAAACCCUAAUAAUUGCCACCAAUAGUGAAAAAUAUAACUAUGAGAAUGACUUCCAUGUAUAUAACCAAAAGUCAUAGAAGGAAACAAAUUGUAAAGUUUUCACUGUAUGCUUGCCUGUACUCCGAAGCUUGUGAAGUUAUGCUUCAAAACCUCAAACAGCCUCACUUAAACAUGAAAAUAACCCUGUCAACAGCAUAGAAGGGGAUGGGAG